UAUAUCGAGCGCAAUGUGACUGGAAAAGCAUUCAGUCGGUUCGACGUCUGUGAGGUUAGCAUGUGGAGUGUGCUUAUUUUAUUUCGGAAUAUUUAACUCAAUGUGAUCGAAAAUGACCGACAACAUAGUUGAGGACUGGUUGAAGUCCAUUAAUUUGGAAAUAUACACCGAGGCGUUCAUUGAUAACGGUUAUGACGAAUUGGAAGUCUGCAAGCAGAUCGGGAAGCCUGACUUGGAUGCGAUUGGUGUCACCGAUGAAACUCACCGACAGAUCAUUCUGCAGGCUGUGACCAAAAUCAAAGAAGAGGGGGCCACAUCUGUGUAUUUUACUCUAGAGUCCGCCGAAGUGGCUGUCAUUGAUGCAAAUCUGACCGAAAAACAGGGACCCUCCAAUCGCCGAAACUCGGCCAAUGUUGAACCUGUUAGGGCCCCCUCCCGAGUGUCUUGUACGGGAGGGGGAGGGCCUGGGCCCGAGGAGAUGGUGACAAUUUACCCCCGGGCACAGCUUAGAAUGAUUGUCAGGGAUAAAUUAGUACAGGACAACAUUGAUUUGUUAAGUCCACCUUACACACGAAGAGACUGGACUCCCUGUCACUCCAGCCUGAUGACCUUGGCAGCUAAGUACGCCAUUCAGUUGAGGACACGCUCGAAUGAUGUGGUGGAGAGGCUGGAAGAACUGAGGCAGUGGGUGCUACAGAAGGAUCUCCACUCGCACUACACGGCAGUUCCUACCUCACCCUCGUCAUGCUCGUCUGGGACCCCUAGUCCUGGGUGUUCAAACCUCACCCCCCAUCAUGUGCCCUUCCAGGGUAGCAUACCCCCAGCACUUCCCAACUGUCCCCCUCCCUCUACUAGUCAUAUGGAUGGAGACAGACUCGUAAAAGUUCACACCUUUAAUUCCAGACAAGAUGCAGGUCUUUACCAGGCUAACUACAUGACCAUUGGAUCUUCCGGUUUUUGUUGUCUCCCCUUAACUUCCAGUAGAGAUGGACAAGAUGGAGACAAGAUGAAGAAAACAUCCUCCUUGGGGAGAUUUUUCCGGAACAUGGGUAUCAGACGGUCGGGGAAGAAAAACCAAUACAAGCCUCAUGAUGGUGAUUUAUGUGCUACAGAUAUCACCAUGAGCGACGAGGACAGGAAGGCAUUGAUGAUGAUGGUCAAAGAUGGAGCCCUCACCACAGAACAGGCCAUGGCCAUGGUAAAACAGUAUGAAGAGGAGAGGCGAAGGGAAUGGCAUCAACAACAGGGCAACCAUAAAGGAACUCAGAAGAAAAAGAAGCAAGGAGGCAAACCCGUGAAAUCGCCCUCGGCAUCUUACUAUGACAUAGUCACAAGAUGUCAGGUCUGCCAACGCUUUCUGUCUAACGAUCCCAGCAAAUCCUCGCCCAACUUCUGCAGCGAUCCUAGUCAUCGCUUUGAUUGCUACCAACAUCGCAGGGUACACAGUGUCAGUCAUAUCGAAUUCAACCCUCCUUCAUCAAAAUCACCCGAGGCCGCCCGCGCCAUGUCAUGUACCCCGACACGAGGCUUCUACAGCUCCUCCGAAGUUCACUCACCAGUCACUUUCUACUCACCCGGUCAUCCACGACUAUACUCCCCCGUUUUUCCUCACGAGGGGGGUAAAGUCUACAACACCGGCAGCCUGUGUUAUGGUCAGCAUGGAAACUACUCUUAUACCCCUUCCUUCCACGAGUCCCCAUCAGCCAUGUCAAGCUUUUCUAUGGAGUCGGAACAUUCCAUGGAGUGCCAGUCCAAUGCCCUGACCCCUGGGGAACUCGCGGCUACAAGGGGAGAUAACUGGAACUACAGCACCUACUCCAGUGCCAUGUCGACUGGUUCAGAUACGUCGCCUGCCAUUGGCUGGAGAAAAAAUUCCGAAGGAGGAGACCCAAUGAAAAUGCAGAAGGUGCGUAACCAGUCUGGGACCAAUAAAUCGGUUAGCUCUGUCGAUAGUUCCCAGAGUGGGGGAUCGGGGAACAUGUCCACUCACAGUGCUAGUCCGGGGAGUGGCAAGAGUCACUCGUCGAUGGAGGCUGAGGGGGUGGGGGGUAUCCAUGACAACAGCACCUCCUCACUUGUCAGGGUCCUCACCGACUACUCACCGUCCAAGUCCGAAGUAGACAUGCUACACAUCAAGAAAGGAGACAUUAUUUGGGUUGCCACAAGAACUGCGGGGGGACUGUGGAAGGGAGUGCUAAGUGGGAGAACGGGGUGGUUCAGACCCUCCCACACAGAGCCCUGUAGUCACGGCAAUGGGGAGGGAACUCAGAGGAGGACCCCGAACCCCCGGAGAACCCCCAGAAAAACCAAACCCAGGACGGUUGAGGAGCUUUUAUAUAGGAUAGGCCUAGAGAGCCUAGAAAAAGUCUUUCUGGAGAAUGGAUUUGAGCACUUGGACAACUUUGCCGACCUGAAUGAGAGUGACUUGGACGCUCUUGAAAUCAUGGACCCUCAGCAGAGAGCCAAGCUUUUAACAGCGGCAGAGUUACUCUGUAGUGCAGAAGAUGAUGAGUUUCCAGAAAUGGGGACCCCAAACGGAUUGCCGAAUCAUGCAGGGUACUGUUAUUCACCUAGACUGAUGACGAUCAACGACUGUCACCACCGGGUCUGCCCGGGGAGUAGGGACUCUGGUUGCUUUGGCAGCUGUGAACAUUUGGGUCACAAGGAGGUUUUUAACAAACAAGGCUACAUGAUCUCGUCAAAGAACCAAACUAGUCGUGUGUCCCCGCUUCAGUAUAAUAAGGAAAACUUGCAGCCUGUGAAUCAGAAUCGAACUGUGGGGGAUAUUCGAUAUGUCUGCAGUCGACCGGCUAACAGCAGCGGGAGGGGGAGUGCCAGCAGUGGACGUACCAGUGUGGAAAAUUGUGGAGGGGAGAGUCAGACGUCGGACAUGGAGCGCAGUGACAAAGACUUCACGGAGGAGGACCGGGAGGUGUGUGAAAUCAACCGCGCCAUCCAGAGGAGUGACCCUCCCUGUGUCCACCCCGGGGAACAUGUGACCCCACAGGCAGAGGAUAAUUCUGUGUUUGGAGACUUCAAUGUUCUCAUGUGUUCAAAUGCUGCCACACAGACCUCUUCCCAUUGUGAGUCGACGGACCAAAGGUGCUCUAAGUUUGCCAUUCAGGCGAACAGUCUUUCUAAUGGUGCUACCGAGUGUGAGAGGUCCAAACCGUUUCCUAGCAAGGUUGUGAACAAGUCCAAAAACACUAAACAGGAUGCUCAGGUUCAAGUGAUGUGUCCAUUUGGACCUCUUUCACUGGUUCAUGAAGGAAAUCAGAGACAAGACUGUGUUCAGAACCAGCGGGGCUCCACGGGGGGUUCCUCCGAUUCGACCCCCACUGGGGAACUACAGGGAAGAGCCCAGUCUUCUCUAGGUGCCAUAUCAAGUCAAGGGGGACAAGUGCAAUACAGUGACAAGAAAGUGCCAAACAACAGACCGCAGUCUGUGGACAGUUCAAGACAGGUUCCAUCGCCCAAAGACUUCAGGAAUGUUAAGAAAUCCUUAGUAUCACUAGUCACAGCCAAGUUGGCGGACGAGAAGAUCAACCUCUCCCAAGAACCUUAUUCCACUAAGCUUGGAGAGUGUCGGAUUCCUCCACCUCUUAUCCAAAGAUACUCUGAGGAACUCAAGCAUGACGUGACCAGUGUGUGCACUGUACUGGAACAGGUGCGAGUGCACUCGCUCACCACCCAGCAUAGACCUGUGAUACAAAUGGAAAACCUAGCUGAUAAAUGCUCUCUAGGUGCCGAGCUCAAAACCUCGUCCAUUCCUGAUUUCUUCAUUUCCAUUGGCCUUCCUAUGUAUAUCAGUACUGUGAUUGGUCAGAACUACAAAUAUUUAGAGCAGCUUUACAAAUUGACCAAUCAGGAGAUUCGUGACAUUACGGGCGCACCUCACAAGCAUGCCAAGAGAAUUUCUCACGCUCUCACUUGGGUGAAAAAGAAAAUGACCGCACAAAUCGGCUCUGACGAAUCUGGUCUGAUAGAUCGAGUGUAGAAUAUAUCAAAUGUCGGUCCAGUUUUAGCUUAAAGUCUUAUGUUUUCUAUUUUUCAUGAAAAUUUGGUGCAAUCUUAUAUGUAUUUUAUAUUAUUUUACGCAAAAUAUAUGCCAGGGCAAUUCGUUUUUAGAUAUUUGACAGACACAUUUGUCAUUUGCAUAUACCGUUUUAUUAAAUGUGUUUUACUUAGUACCUAUUAUAUCCAUAUUAUUAAAAACAAAACUACAGAUGCUUUCAGUGUUCAAAAAAACUUAUUUUAAACAAUACAUUUUAAUUGAUGUACUGUACAUGUAUAAAUUAUUACACAAUUUUUAUAAAAUUACUAUGUGGGUGGAAAAGUUAUGUUAUGGUACAUGUACAUGUAUUGUAGUUUGAAACCAGUGUAAUUAUGUGGAUUCUGAUUUUGAUUUUUUUUUGCUUUGAAAUGCAAGAAGUUUAAACUUGUGUAUAAAACAUGAUGGUUGUAACUUAAUUUGGUCCAUGGAUGAAGAAUGUCAUAAUCACACACAGUUAUACUAUGUUGAUGAAAUGUAGAUUUGAGUUUAAUUUAUGAUGGCUGUAAGCCAAAGACGUUUGUUGUUUAUAUCCCUUUUUGUUUCUGUUAAACAGUUUACGAACAUAAAUAAAAAGUGGGACAUAAUA